AUGCACCGACAACUGCUUAUAGCAGCAUUAUUCUUUGUGACCCCAGGCCUGUGUCAAACCCCUGUCAUUGGUGGGAAUUGCCAUCUUGGCACAACCGAUGUGCAAAUCGGUGGCAAACAAACGCAAUUUUUCCUCAAAUGUGAAGCAACAUCAGACAGUCCAGCCGGGGACGGUGUUUGGGUUGUGAAGUCUCGAGCAGCAGCGGCGGCGGCACCAUCGGCGCCAGCGACCGGCGGGUCAUCUGCUACUGCUCCAAUGGAAAACACUCAACCACAGCAGCAUCCAAAACUCAUGCGCAAACAGAAUGCGCCGAAUAUUUGCGAACAAGACAACGAUGCACGGGAAGCUGACGCCUGUGCUGUGUCGGCCACUUGUCUGCAAGCCAGCCAAGAUAUUCCAUCCAGCUAUCUACAGUGUGAUCAAACUUCGCUUCGAUGGGUUCGCAAGUCGUGUCAGGAUGGAUUCAUCUUCAAUUUUGAGCAGCAAACCUGUAUUGUGCCGAAGAGAAUGAAUUCCCUUUCCCUGACUGUCGACGCCACAUGCUCGGUGAUGAGUGCUUCGUGUCAGGAUUCAGCCGAUUGCCCGCCCACGUUCGCUUGCAAGAACAACUGCUGCCGUCUGGAUGUGUGUCCAAGCAGCGACAAAGUGCUUUUCACCUGCACUAAUGCGUAUCAAUGCAGAGCCGGCGAAAUAUGCGUGUUUGGAGGUUGUUGUCCGCAAGUGCAGAAAAAACGUAAAAUGAGGCCCAAAGUGGAGUUCGCGGCGGUGUCUGUCGAUCUGGCAGUGAAGGGAAAUGAUGAUCCUUACAGUAAUAAUUUGGAGGCGAUGUCCACGCGUUCAGAGUCCACGAACGACUCCGCCUAUUCAGCAUUGACUGCUGAACCAGCGUCUAAAGAAAAAACAACGAAGAUGCCAGCCGCGAUGCCGAUAGACGAUUGCGAUUUGGACACUCGUGUGGAGGACUGCAGCCUGAGUAAUCCAUGCCCGGAAAACUGUGAAUGUCUUAGCGGUCAAUGUUGCAAAAUAAAGGCAAAACGCUGUAGAAACGGACUUCUCCCACUUUCUGUUCCCGUGUUCUGCAAAUUCACCGACGAAUGCCCUAUAAUGUCCUUUUGCGAGCAAAAUGUCUGCUGUGCUAUCGUAAGCGACCAGUCAAAUGACAAUGACACCGAAAAAGAUACCUCCGUUGGGCUGCCAGCAGCGGCUUCUUCUUCUACUCCUCCUCCUUCUCCAUCUCCAAAGAAACCAUCUGAAGGUGUCGCGAAACCUAUGGAAUCGAUCGCCACAUUCGAAAAGCCCAGCUGCUUAGAGGAACAACGUUGCUCCAUAUAUCAUGCUGCCCUUUGUCCAGCUGGGUAUACAUGCACACUGGAUGGUUACUGUUGUCGGAUUAGGAGCACUUGUCCGGACGGUAGCACACCGUACGCGAUGUGUAGUGGAGUAAUGCAAUGUCCAACAACACAUUUGUGCUUUACCACUGAGGAAAAUCACAGCAUCUGUUGUUUGAGAGUAAACAACCGCUCGUUUCAGAUCGUCCAACAGUACCGUCAACAUGUCCACUUGGAAGUUUUGAGGUGUAUCCUCGAUUCGGAGAACAGUGUCGAUACAGCCUACAGUGCCCCUCACCGUAUUUCUGUAAUCACGUGGGGAGAUGUUGUCUACCGUUCGUGUGAAAAGGAUUUAUUAAGUCCUAUUAACAAACGUCUGGGAUGUUUAGGACAACCAGCCAGUGGACUCAUUUGCACAUUUUCGUCGUGCUCCAACUCAAAUCCCUGCUCUGUGGGUACUUGUAACAAUGGUUAUUGCUGCACUUCUGGAUCUCUGCCAUCACUCUCAGCCGUUUCAGUAAGAAAACGAAAACGUAGAUCACUAACCACAGCGAACAGCACAUCUAACGAGCAUGAAGAGAACGAUUGGCCGGUUGGACCGCCAGGCUACGGAUUUCCGGAGCAUCUGGCCGAUCUGGACGCGAUUCUAGUGAAAGCGACUGGAGACGGCAGUACAUGUGCAGGUGGUUUUAGCAGUUCGCUACCGUGUUCCGCCAGUGGCGAAUGUCCACCCGGCCUGUUCUGCGAUCCGAGAUUACAACAAUGUUGUCCGCUAAUCUUACCACUAAUCGAUGCAAACACUUCACCACAAACAGUACAAGCAUGGAAAGAAGAGAUGGAUUUGGGAACGAAAGUGAAAUUGCCGCCCGCUCGCAUGAAAUUUUCCUCGAGAUCACGACCAUGCCGUACCGGCACCAUCACCUCCGCCAACGCACCAUGUUUGCCGUUAUCGUCGUCGAAUUGUGCCGGUUGUCCGCAGUCAGCUGCUUCUCCUCCGAUAAUCGCUCUUCCGAUCAACGCUUGUCCUGGAGGUGGCUAUCCCGUUGGUCAGUGUAACUCCGGAUACUGUUCACCUGGAUAUUCUUGUGUACGAAACGCUUGUUGUCCAGCAUAUUCAGCUCCUCAGGCCGGCAUUCAAUUCGCUUGUCCUACCGGAGGUCUACCAGUUGGUGGUUGCAUCAAUGGUGCUUGUGCUACUGGAUACUCAUGCAUCCAGAAUCAAUGCUGUUUAACGCCGGUCACAAGGAAUCCUUUCGGUGACGUUCACAAUUUUAUUGCGUUUACAAAUUCAACUAAUAUGAAGGAAGAGCAAUUAGUCUUUGGCAGUCAUAUGACUGUUUGGCCUCCAUGGCUUCCAGACUCUGUAAAACCUGAUGCUGUUACUGCUGUUUUUUUUUCUGAGUCAGCCUUAAUGUGCCCGAAUGGUAACCAGGCUGCAGGCGGUUGCGUCAAUGGUCAAUGUGGUGCCGGAUACACCUGCCAGAAUGGUUUAUGCUGUUUGGGAACUGCCGGCCAAGCCGUCAGAUGUCUGGAUGGUUCGGAAGCUAUCGGGGCCUGUAUUCCGUCGUGUACUGGAGGUGCUUGUGGAAACGUUCAAAUCAGCUACUACUGUGGAACUGGAUACACUUGCACUACUGGAAAUAUCUGUUGCCCUAUUUCAAGCUGUCCAAAUGGUGGUGAACCGAUCGGACCACCAGUGAAUGGUCUGUGUCCCGAAGGAUACAAUCUUCAAGGAAAUCAGUGCUGUAGUAACGUCGCUGCUGCAUGUCCGGAUGGCAGCGCAGGAACGCCGGCGGUGAACGGACUUUGUCCCGCAGGCACCACUUUAACUGGAACCGUUUGUUGCCCGGCUGCAUCAGCUGCCCUUGUGGGCACCUGUGAAACAGCCUCUAUGGGCAUAGGCCCGUGCACUGCAGCCGGAUGUGGAGUUGGAUACGCUUGCGACAACGAUGCGACAAAUCCUCAGUGCUGUCCAGUCGUGAACUAUCGUGAUGUACAGUACCAGAUUGGGCCGGCUGUGUCCGGAAUGUGCCCAGUUGGAUAUGUGGCCGUAUAUCCUCAAUCAAGCGCUAACGCAGAUGGAACCAACGACGGAGUUUGUGUGGAUCUUCAGACUGUACCUGGUCUGUGUGCGGUUGCUGUGCAAGCUGGUCCUUGCAGUAAUGGCCAGUGCAGCACGGGAUACACUUGCAACACUUAUGCUGACAUAUGUUGCCCUACAACAACCGCGUUCAGUCGAAUAAGGCCUGGCCAGAACAAACGACCUAACGCUGGACGACCUCUUCACAGCUACAUGCCACCUCGCCCCGAAGCGUGUGCGGACGGUUCCAUCCCAGCUGGUGCUUGUAUAAACGGUUUGUGUGGAGUUGGUCAUGAAUGUCAGAACGGUAACUGUUGCCCACCAAUUAAUGUGGAAUCGAAGUUGAGAAGCAUGUGCCCUAACGGUGAAACAGCAGCCAGCGGUUGUUUCCCGAACGGAGGUUGUGGUUCUGGAUUUGAAUGCGUGCGAUCUAAAAAUUUAUGCUGUCCUCCCGGUGGUAACGAUAUCAUUCCAUCUUCACCGCACAAUUCUGUACGUCCUAUCGGGGCCAGAUGUUUCAUGGAUGCGGAAUGUGUAGGACAUUCCGAGGGCUUAUCGCUAUGUCAUGCAGGCGUCUGUCAAUGUUCUCCAAUAGCCUAUAUGCAAGGCAUUGCAUGUGUUCGACGUAAAUUCAAUUUGAAAAUGAACGACUCACCUAUCGUAGAUGAUGUGAAGAAGACGAUGUCAGUUUGA